GGGGCCCAAAAUACAAAUUAAUUUCACAUUUCUUCUGUAUUUGCCGGCGAAGACUUGAUCUUGCUUUUUCCGGCGAACCAAUCUCCGUUCAUUUCUCCGGCGAAAUUCCGUUUGAUCAGAGAGAUGCACAAAACCUUGUAAUAUCUGAAGGGGUUAAUCAUCUAAUGCUUUCGACAUCAAGCACUUGCAAUUGUGUCGUAAGUUUUCCGAAAAUGUCAUCCGACUACAAAGGUUUGUAUUCACCUUCCAUUCUUCUUUCAUUUGUUAUGGAUGAUAUGAUGAAACUUCUCCUCUUGCAUGGAAUGUCUUACCUCACAGGAAAAGCUAUUGUACUUAUGGGUGUCAGCGGAGCUGGAAAAUCAACAAUUGGUGAGAUGCUUGGAAGAGCUGUUCAUGGCCGCUUUCUUGAUGCAGAUGAUUAUCACUCAGAGUCCAACAAAGAGAAGAUGAAGAAUGGGAUACCUCUUUCAGAGGAAGAUCGUGUUCCAUGGCUUGAAGCAUUGCGGAAUACACUGAGAAGAGGAUUAGUUGACAAUGAAACACUGGUUCUUGCUUGUUCAGCUCUGCAAAAGCGGUACAGGGAAAUCCUUAGAUCUGCAGACCCAAAUUAUGAAUCAGGUUCUUAUGCGAGUAUUGUUAAAUUCGUGUUGUUGGACGUUGGGGCUGAAGUGCUUGCCGCUCGGCUGGUCAAGAGAGCAGCUGAGGGAAAGCAUUUCAUGCCUGCAACGCUCUUGCAGACCCAACUGGAGUUGCUUCAGAUUGAUGAAGCAGAAGGGAUACUUAAGGUUGAUGCUACUAUGGAUCCUGACUCCAUAUUGAAAACCAUACGAACUUUUGUCGUCUGAUCAUAAGUCUACAAGGAAUGGAUUAAAUUGAAGAUGAAUCACUUUAAAGAGAAGUCUGUGAUAAAAAAAAUUUCUUAUUGUAAUAUAAAUUUUUCAUUGCAUUUUUUGAUAGCAAGACAUACAUCUGAACAACAAAUCUAAGAAAAAUUAGAUGAAAUUAAGUAAUGAUGUUUCUCAUUCAA